UUCAAGCUUCCGACAACAGUCCACACUAAGUCAGUCAGUGUAAUGAGCAAGCAGAAGUAAAAUCAGAUCAAGAAAUGGGUUUCACGAUGGGCCUAAACCUCCUCCUCCUCCUCGCCAUGGUCGCCACCAACAUCCUCUCCCUCUACCACCUCUCCUCCACCAUCCAAUCCAAGCCCCCCUCCCCUCCCCCCGUCCCCGACCACCUCAUCCAACAGCUCUCCACCAUCCGCGCCACCAUCAACCACCUCACCUCCCUCCGCCCCCCCACCAGCAAACCCUCCUCCUCCACCCCCUCCGAUCUCCUCCUCUACACCCGCUUCUCCCCCAUCGCCUCCUCCUGCAAAGACAACCCAAUUCUCCUCCACACCUACAUGAACUACACCCCCUUUUCCCCCUGCCCCGACGAUUCCCAAUUAGCCGAGGAUCUCAUUCUCCGCGGCUGCCACCCUCUCCCCCGCCGUCGCUGCUUCUCCAAAACCCCUCCUUCACUCCCUCCCCCUCUCCCCUCCGACCCCUUCUCCCCACUCCCCGAGAAAACCGCCAUCCUCAAUCACUACCCCUGCAGAACUAAAACCUUCUCCUGCUUCGCCGGUCUGAAGCCGGAGAUGGGAUUCGACGUGAGGAUCGAGAAAUCGAGGUUCUUAACUUACAGAACCGAUCUGGAUCUCCCAAUCCCGCAGCUGAUUCAGCUGGCGAAGUCAGCUAACAGCGUGAUUAGGCUAGGGCUCGACAUCGGCGGCGGAACGGGGACAUUCGCGGCGCAGAUGAAGCUGCGGAGCAAUGCGACGGUGGUGACGACGACGAUGAAUCUAGGGGCGCCGUACAGCGAGGCGGCGGCGGUGAGGGGGCUGGUGGCGCUCCACGCGCCGCUGCAGCAGCGGCUGCCGGUGUUCGACGGGACCAUGGAUCUGGUGCGGUGCGGCCACGCGGUGAACCGGUGGAUUCCGGUCACGGCGAUGGAGUUCUUGUUUUUUGAUGUGGAUAGAGUGCUGAGGGGUGGGGGGUACUUGCUGCUGGACCGGUUUUUCAGUAAAAAAUCGGAUCUUGACAAGGUUUACGCGCCGUUGAUCGGGAAAUUGGGGUACAAGAAGGUGAAGUGGGCUGUGGCUAACAAGGGUGAUGCUAGUGGGAUCAAGAAUGGAGAGGUUUAUUUGACUGCUCUCUUGCAGAAGCCAUUGGUUAGAUCAAGCUCCAAAUGAGGUACUCCGCGCCAGCCUUUUGACAUCGUCUCCGUUUGUUGAAACCUUCCUUCAAGGCUUCUUCAGUUACUGCGCAAGCAAACCAGCUAUACAUCUCUCUCUAGAUCUCCUCCUGUGUUGUGGUUGGAUAUAAGUAUAACGUUUUAUCAGCAAAUUCAUCGUGGAUUCAGGCGAUUGUUGGGGCGGGUGUACAAGGUGCAUUUUGUGAUAGAUUAGAACUUGUAGAUCUGCAAAAAAACUGGAAGUGUGAGAGAUUGCAACACAAAACCAACAAAUGUGAUUUUCUAUGGGUUAUAGGUUGGUUGAUACAGUAAGUGGUGCUUGUUUUCAGACAGUGGUUACAUAUAAAGCUAGUGUUGCAAUAAAAUCAGCAUUCGAACUUUUCAA